UGUUGCUAAGCGGGGUAAAGAUGGCGGCUCUGGACAGGGUCAAGGUGCUGGUGCUGGGCGACUCCGGUGUCGGGAAAUCGUCCCUCGUUCACCUCUUGUGCCACAACCAGGUGCUGGGAAACCCGUCCUGGACUGUGGGCUGCUCCGUGGAUGUGCGAAUCCAUGACUACAAAGAAGGAACCCCAGAAGAGAAGACCUAUUACAUUGAGCUCUGGGAUGUUGGAGGUUCUGUGGGCAGUGCCACCAGUGUGAAAAGCACACGAGCUGUGUUCUAUAAUUUGCUGAAUGGGAUAAUUUUAGUGCAUGACUUGACCAACAAGAAAUCAUCCCAGAAUUUGUAUCGCUGGUCUUUGGAAGCACUCAACAGAGAUGUUGCUCCAACAGGAGUUCUUGUGACAAAUGGCGUUGACUAUGACCGUGAACAGUUUGGUGAUAACCAGAUCCCACUGCUGGUGAUAGGAACCAAACUGGAUCAGAUCCCAGAAACUAAGAGGAAUGAAGUUUUGACCAGAACAGCAUUCUUGGCUGAGGAUUUCAAUGCUGAAGAGAUAAAUUUGGACUGCACCAAUCCUCGUUAUCUGGCUGCAGGUUCAUCCAAUGCUGUCAAACUAAGCAGGUUUUUUGAUAAGGUCAUAGAGAAGAGAUACGUCUUGAGAGAUGGCAAUCAGAUUCCUGGCUUCUCUGAAAGGAAGAGGUUUGGAGGAGGAACACUGAAGAGCCUUCAUUAUGACUGAGCACUGGAGAAGUGGAAGACAACUUCUCUGAGUUCCUAAAGACAGUCCUGUUCCCACUGGAUGCUCAAAGACAGUAAUGCUUCUGUCAAGCACAGUAAAAUGAUAUUACAGCUGGCUAGCCUGCUGAAGCUUCUGUUGUUGGAAAAGACUUGGAAAGGUUUUGGAAAACCUUUUGGAAAGGUUUUUCAAAAACCUAAUCAGGAGCCUAGAGUAUUGCUUAGGAUUGCAGACCAUCUGCAUCUAUGGGAACAUCUGGGGAAACUGUGCAAUAAAUUGAAUGCCUCUCACUGCUGUGGGAAACUUCAUCUUACAUAGCACACAUAUGUGACAUCCUUGUCUCCAUUUGGAAAACUUAUGGACAGUCUUUGCAAUGAUUUGCAUUCAUUUUACCUCUGAAGGAAAGAUGACAUUGAGUGGGCCUCUCAUGUACAAUAAAGUGACCAAAAGAAGUGAGCAAAACAAUGAUGGGUAAGGAGUGGUCUGGAAAAUAAUGGAAUGCCUUCAUUAAAUGAAUGGAGUGUUGUUUCACCUAGAGCACACUGUUCAUCCCUAUCCAAAAGGGAUAAAAGCAAUAGGCAAGAUAUGAAAAAAGAUUUGAAGCCUUAAAAAGAAAAUCAUUAGUAGAAAACAACUGGUGUUAGUUCUGCUGCUUAAAUUAAAAUUGUUUACUUUGGAGAGGGCAAAGUAAAUCAGGUUGUCCUGUUUAUCUUUUCAUAAUUGAUUGUGUCUUGUUUUUUAUAUUAAAUUAAAAGGCAAUUCACUGAAAACUGAUGGAAAAAGUAUGUUUUUAUACAGUGCUUAUUUGAAACAAGUGUGACAUGCUCCUACUGAGCUUGAGGACUUAGUGGAUUCAGAAAACAUGGAAUGUACGAACAUCCUCUGAAUUAGAAUGGAUAGAAAUUUAGAAGGGAUAUAAAGCUGUGUAAAAACUGAUUAUGACUGGGAGUUCUGUUAUACAAAUGUUUCCUUUACAUAGUUAGCACUAAGGAUAAAGGAGACUUGAUCUGGUCUGAUCUUCUGCACAGGGUCUUGUUUUCCUAAAGAGCCCAAGCUUUGCACGGUUUCUCACUUUGCUAGAAUUCCAUGGAGUGGUAAAAGCCUGAUUUAUAGCUGUUCCUUCUUUCCACACCUUCCUCACAGUCACCUCUAAUGGUUAAGCCUCUGGCAAAGGCCAACUAAGAGCUGGAGUUAGAUAUAAAUAGAGAUUAAUAAUAAAUGGGGAUAGAAGAAAGUAAAAUGCCAGUGUGAAAUUGACAGGGAGCAGAGUUCUGCAGUUUCUGGAUUACCUCUGCCUGCAGCUCUUCUGGCAGCUGCUUGGAAAUAAAUGGAAACCUGCCUACUGCCACUAAUCAGGCACAAAAGUGACAGC